GGAACAUAAUGAAGCACAUUUUCAAAAGUCUGUUGCUUUUGGAUCUUUGCUGUGGAAUUCAUUACCAUCUACACACUGGACACUCACCAUUGGAAAGAGACAUUCACAUUCCGCAUUUAGAUUUAGGCACAAGAACCUGGGUCAGGCCAAUUACUAUGGGUAAUUAUCCAUCGCCUAAAGCUUGUGCCACUAUGCUCUAUUAUAAGAAAAGUUUAAUUUUAUUUGGAGGUUGGUCUCAUCCAUCACCAUAUCCUUUACAUCAGCAAUGGAAAUUAUUCAAUGAAUUACACAUAUACUCUAUAGAAUCAAAUAAGUGGACUGCUAUAAAUACAUUAGAAACUCCACCACCAACAUCUGCACAUUCUGCAACAAUACACGGGAAUCUAAUGGUUGUCUUUGGUGGAGUUUGUAAUGGAUACAGUUCUAAUGAUGUAUGGUGCUUAAAUUUGGACUCAUAUUAUUGGCACAAACAAACUACAUCAAAUUUGAAACCACAACCACGUUAUGGACAGUCACAAAUUGAACUUGGAAGAAAGCAUCUACUUGUGCUUGGAGGUUGCACAGGACCGAAUGCUGCUAUGAAUGAUGCUUGGUUAUUAACAAUGGAAGAUAUAACUUGGACAUGGAAAAUUAAUAUGCACAAUACAGAAUGGGCACCAACACGUAUUUGGUGUCAUCAAGCUUGUAAGGUGGGGAAUUAUAUUAUUGUACUUAGUAAAAAUAGACGUCAAACCAAACCAAGUGAUAUGAGUAUUUCAUUGAGAAAGGUUGCUUGUCAAAGAAGUACAUCACCACGUUUGUGCGAGUCAAAUCUCUUGCAUGAAAGGCAGGGAAAUUUGUCUGCCAUAGAUAGAGAUGAAAAUAUAAAUGGACGACAUGGAGCAUUCUCCAAAUCACAUUCACAAAAUGCACAUACUUCAUCGCAUACAGCCAAUAUCUCAAAAACGAUACCAUUUUACAGUGAUAAUACUCUAAGCAUGGCUGCAUUUCGCGAUCAACCUCUGCGUAGUAAUUCAAAUACAGAUAGACAACGUCAAUUGGAAUCAUUAAGAAGAAUGGAAGAGAAAAUUCGGAGAGAAAAUAAGAAAGCACAAUUAAUGAAAGUAUUUAAAACCGAAAGCACAUUAUCUAUAUUUGUGUUAGAUAUUAGUAAUGUUCUUUCCGAUGAGUGCAAUGCUUCAUGGAUCCCUUUAAAACAAGACGAUCAUUCAGGACCUGAUGAAAGAAUUUUGUAUUCUCUUGUAGUUGGAAAAGGAGAAUUAAUAGUUUUUGGAGGUAUUCGUAAAGAGCAUUCAACAUUAGGUCACACUGAUGUAGAUGAUUCUGUAGUAUAUAAUGACCUUCAUUUUAUAAAUCCGCCUCGAUAUGUUAUUUAAUAUUGUUAAAUAAUUAACACUAUUUCGAUAUUUAACUUCUCUACUUUGAAUCAUGGAAAUUUAGUUUUGUUAUAUUUAUAUAUACUCUUAUUCUAUUCUAAUAGCACAUGCAUGUGCUAUUAAUAAUAAAUAUAAAUUGUUCUGUUUUA